UGCCUGACAGGCCGCCCUUCCGCCGCCCCGGCUUCCUCCCGCCGGUUCCUGUCGUGCGCACCGCCUCUCCGCGCUUCCUGCCUCUUCCGGGGGGCCUCUCGUCUACACUUGGCUCCGGAGAGUCUGCUCUGCUAGUCUUCUGGCGGUUUUCUGCGUUAUUUAGGCAGAUGCGGGUGGAAUCUCAGUGAUCAGCAGGACCAGACUGUGAAAUGGCACCAGAGAGCGCCUUCAGCGACAGGCAGAAGUGUGUGGAUAUGCUGGACCAAACCUGAAUCAUUUGUCCCUUCAACCUGUCAUCCUUCUUCAAGUCACCUGGCAGCUGAGACAUUCUGACAGGACGCCGCCAGGAUGCCACCCAAGAAAGUACAAAUUCAAGUGGAGGAAAAAGAAGAUGACACCGAGGAAAGCUCAAGCGAAGAGGAAGAGGAGGAGGAAGAUAAAUUACCUCGAAGAGAGAGCUUGAGACCAAAGAGGAAACGAAAAAGAGAUGUUAUCCAUGAGGAUGACCCAGAACCUGAACCAGAGGAUGAAGAAACAAGGAAGGCCAGAGAGAAGGAGAGAAGGAGGAGGCUGAAGAGGGGGGCAGAGGAAGAAGAAGAAAUUGAUGAGGAGGAAUUGGAAAGACUGAAGGCAGAGUUAGAUGAGAAAAGACAAAUGAUUGCUACUGUCAAAUGCAAGCCUUGGAAAAUGGAGAAGAAAAUUGAAGUUCUCAAGGAAGCAAAAAAAUUUGUGAGUGAAAAUGAAGGAGCCCUUGGGAAAGGAAAAGGAAAGCGGUGGUUUGCAUUUAAGAUGAUGAUGGCUAAGAAAUGGGCGAAAUUUCUUCGUGAUUUUGAAAACUUCAAAGCUGCUUGUGUCCCGUGGGAAAACAAAAUCAAAGCAAUUGAGAGUCAGUUUGGCUCAUCGGUGGCCUCAUACUUCCUCUUCUUGAGAUGGAUGUAUGGAGUAAAUAUGGUUCUCUUUAUCUUGACAUUCAGCCUCAUCAUGUUGCCAGAGUACCUCUGGGGUUUGCCAUAUGGCAGUUUACCUAGGAAAACAGUUCCCAGAGCUGAAGAGGCAUCUGCGGCAAACUUCGGUGUGCUGUACGACUUCAACGGCUUGGCGCAAUAUUCCAUCCUCUUUUAUGGCUAUUAUGACAAUAAACGAACAAUUGGAUGGAUGAAUUUCAGGCUGCCGCUCUCCUAUUUUCUGGUGGGGAUCAUGAGCAUUGGAUACAGCUUUCUGGUUGUCCUUAAAGCGAUGACCAAAAAUAUCGGGGACGAUGGGGGUGGUGAUGACAACACCUUCAACUUCAGCUGGAAGGUAUUCACCAGCUGGGACUACCUGAUUGGCAAUCCAGAAACAGCAGACAACAAAUUCAAUUCCAUCACCAUGAACUUUAAGGAAGCUAUCAUGGAGGAGAGAGCAGCCCAAGUAGAAGAAAACGUCCACUUGAUCAGAUUCCUGAGGUUUCUUGCUAACUUCUUCGUGUUUCUAACACUUGGAGGGAGUGGAUACCUCAUCUUUUGGGCUGUGAAGCGAUCCCAGGAAUUUGCACAGCAAGAUCCUGACACCCUUGGGUGGUGGGAAAAGAAUGAAAUGAACAUGGUCAUGUCCCUCCUGGGGAUGUUCUGUCCAACCCUGUUUGACUUAUUUGCUGAACUGGAAGACUACCAUCCUCUAAUUGCUCUGAAAUGGCUACUGGGACGCAUUUUUGCUCUACUCUUAGGCAACUUGUACGUAUUUAUUCUUGCCUUGAUGGAUGAGAUUAACAACAAGAUUGAAGAAGAGAAGCUGGUAAAGGCCAAUAUUACCCUCUGGGAAGCCAACAUGAUCAAGGCCUAUAAUGCAUCACUUUCUGGAAAUAGCACUGGACCACCUUUUUUCGUGCACCCUGCAGAUGUACCUCGAGGACCCUGCUGGGAAACAAUGGUGGGACAGGAAUUUGUGCGGCUGACCGUUUCUGAUGUUCUGACCACUUAUGUCACAAUCCUCGUUGGGGACUUUCUCAGGGCAUGUUUUGUGAGGUUUUGCAAUUACUGUUGGUGCUGGGAUUUGGAAUAUGGAUAUCCUUCAUACACUGAAUUUGACAUCAGCGGCAAUGUCCUUGCUCUGAUCUUCAACCAAGGCAUGAUCUGGAUGGGCUCCUUCUUCGCCCCCAGCCUCCCAGGCAUCAAUAUCCUUCGACUCCACACAUCCAUGUACUUCCAGUGCUGGGCCGUGAUGUGUUGCAACGUUCCCGAGGCCAGGGUCUUCAAAGCUUCCAGAUCGAAUAAUUUCUACCUGGGCAUGCUAUUGCUCAUUCUCUUCCUGUCCACCAUGCCUGUCCUGUACAUGAUCGUAUCCCUCCCGCCAUCUUUUGAUUGUGGCCCCUUCAGUGGCAAAAAUAGGAUGUUCGAAGUCAUUGGAGAAACACUGGAGCACGAUUUCCCAAGCUGGAUGGCAAAGAUCUUGAGACAGCUCUCUAACCCCGGACUGGUUAUUGCUGUCGUUUUGGUUAUGGCUUUGACCAUCUAUUAUCUCAAUGCUACUGCCAAGGGCCAGAAGGCAGCAAAUCUGGAUCUAAAGAAGAAGAUGAAACAGCAAGCUUUGGAGAACAAAAUGCGCAACAAGAAAAUGGCGGCUGCCCGAGCAGCUGCAGCUGCUGGUGGCCAGUAGCGUUCCCAGGUACACUGGGGGCCCAGAAGGACUCUUCACCUUGCUGUUCAAAACCAGCCACUUCUGAAAAGGGCAAGAACACAAGCAUUGUGAAGUUGCCGUUCCCCUCUUCUAACCCUGAUGUAUUGUCAAGGUCAUGCUGGUCAAUCAAGGCGUCACCAGUCUCAGUUCAGCAAGAAGGAUCUCCACCUUGUUCCAAACUCAGGGAUUUGUUCCCCCACCACCAACUUUUCCCCUGACUUAUUUCCCUGGCUUUUCUUCUAACUAAUGGAAUUUAAAAGUGGAUGUGAUUCAACAAUACAGGUUACUGGUUUACCUGUUGGGUUAAUUAAAAAAAACUUUGGGUAUAUGGACUUUCAUCUUAUACCCUUCUUCUGCCUUAGUUUUCUUUGCCUGGGAACAGAAAUACUUCACCUCUUUUUACCUUUAAAGUUAAGAAAUAUCUUUAUCAAGUAGUCACUGUAAUUAUUCAUUAACUCGCAUUUUGAAACCAACAUCUUGUUUUUCCAUUUUUUUUCCAUCUCCCCAUCUAGGGCCUCCAUGACUAUACACCCAAGAUUUUUUAUUAGCUGCUGGAUUCAGUAGGAAAAGGAAUGGGCUUUUUAAAAGAAAAAUCCUAAGGGAAGUAGGGGCCUGAUUAGCAUUGGAUUGAAAGUCUCUCAUCUUAGACAACCCACCUCUUUAUGAGUUAAAAAAAAAAAGGCAUUCUACAUGAUUACAACUCCAUCACAGCUUAAUCAUGACCUCCAAGGAUCACAUUUCCUGAGUUUAGAUUCUAAUAUUCCAUAAUUUGUCUUUGCUUUCUUGUUAAGGUUAGGAAAACACACACUUCCACAGGGGGCUUUAGUUUAUAGAUGUGUUUAAGCGUUAUCAUCUGAUUAAACUUUGAAUAGCACCAAUCAAUGCCCUCAGCCAGCCUUGUUGUGUGACUUCAGUUACAUAUGCGAACCCACAAUGUCCUUUUCCAGAGCUGAGCCAAUUUGCCUGCCAUUCUCUGCAAUUGACUUGCUGGUUUUUAUUACCCUGUCCAUGAGUUCUUCCUUCUUUUCACUCUUCUUCUGGCCAUAAAAGGAUGCCCUGUUCCUCUGCCAAUCCGUGUGCCCAUCACUGCCAUGACACAAAUUCAAGAUUUCCUUCCUCUGGUCCACUUUUCCCGAUUAGCCUCCAUUCCCAAACUUGAGAGGUUUCCUUGGACCCUACUGGCUUUAUUUCAGAGUCUAUUAUUUAUAUAGGUUUUCCUGUGCUUUUUUAACAGUACUUUACUGUCUCCUGUAUGCAUGCAUUGUCUUUCCUAUCCAGAUUGUAAGCUCCCUAUGAGCAGGGAUCGUAUCUUUUAACUCUUUUGUAUGCCUAGGAUAGUGCUGUGCACAGGUAGGCACUGAGCAUAUGCUUACUAAUUAAAUUGAAUCAAUUUAACUUGCAGCAGUCACACUGUGAAGCAAAAACUUGUGUUAUCUGCAUGAAAAGUGUUAUUAUGAUGGAAGAAAUGGAAUUAUCUGUUGCGAU